UUAUUAUUGAAGUAAUCUUUACACUCAUGUCAUUUAUACGAAACAGCUCACAAGACGAUAAGACGAAACUAUUGAUGGACUUUACUAAUACUAGUCAAAAAGAGGCUCAACGACUUUUAAGACACUCUAAUUGGGAUGUAAAUAGUGCUCUCAACUUAUACUAUGAACAAGCAUCAACAAAAAAACCGUCAAACAAACCAAAAGCAUCUUCUAGUCAAACCAAGGCUAUUCAAGAAAUAUUUAACAAAUAUGAAGAUCCAGACAAGAAGGGUUGGAUUACUGUAGAUGGAACAAUGGAAUUAUGUCAAGAUCUUGGUAUCGAUCCUACUCAAUUAGAUUUUUUACUCUUAUCAUAUCAUCUUGGAUCAAAACAUAUGGGUGAAUUUAGUCGUCAAGAAUUUGUUGAAGCAUGUCUUUCAUUACACUGUGAUUCGGUGGCAAAACUUAAACAUGCCUUGACCAAUGACUUUCAAAACAAUUUGAAGGAUGUCAAUUAUUUUAGAAACAUCUACAAUUAUGCAUUUCUAUUUGGAAGACAAACUGGACAAAAGAACUUGGCAUUAGAUGCUGCUGUUGAACUAUGGAAGUUAUUGUUAGCUGGUCGAUACGAUCGUCUUGAUCAAUGGAUUACAUUUUUAGAGGAAAAACAUCGAAAGGCAAUUUCUCGUGACACAUGGACCUUGUUUCUGGAUUUUGCCACUCAACCCAAUUUUGACAUUGAUACCCAUGAUGCUGAAGGUGCUUGGCCAAUUUUGAUUGAUGAAUUUGUAGAAUAUUUAAAGAAUACUAGUAGCAAUAAUAUUAGUAAUAGUAUUAGUAGUAAUAGUACUUGAUUUUCAUAUAUUGAAUAAAUUGUGCUGAUUGACAAUUCUUGAUGAUGCUGCUGCU